GGAGUCCCGCGCCUUUCGCGUGCUGAUUAUUACUUGUCUCCUUCCCACGCACAGACACGCACGCACACACUCGCGCGCGCCAUUGCAGGGAAGAAGGCUGCCUGCGCUGCUAUGGCGACUCCGGCCCUCGCUGGCGAGGAAGAUGCUUUCGGCCGCUACCGCUCCCCUCUCGUCUCGCGCUAUGCCAGCCCAGACAUGGCCUUUAACUUUAGCGAGAGGAAGAAGUUCGGUACCUGGCGGCAGCUCUGGCUUUACCUGGCCCAAGCUGAGAAGUCACUUGGCCUACCCAUCACAGAUGAACAAAUAAGGGAAAUGGAAGCUAAUCUAGACAACAUAGACUUCAAGAUGGCAGCAGAAGAGGAAAAGAGAUUGCGUCAUGAUGUAAUGGCCCAUGUACAUACAUUUGCCCACUGUUGUCCAAAGGCUGCAGGAAUAAUUCACCUUGGAGCGACUUCCUGCUAUGUGGGGGAUAAUACGGAUUUGAUAGUUCUUCGGGAUGGAUUCAACUUGCUUCUCCCCAAGCUCGCCAGAGUGAUCAGCCGCCUAGCAGACUUUGCUGAGAAGUAUGCUGAUUUGCCUACCUUGGGCUUCACUCAUUAUCAGCCUGCACAACUAACUACAGUAGGUAAACGAUGUUGCCUGUGGAUCCAGGAUCUUUGCAUGGACCUUCACAAUUUUGAACGGGCGCGAGAUGAAUUGAGAUUUCGUGGUGUGAAAGGCACCACUGGCACCCAGGCCAGCUUCUUGCAGCUCUUUGAAGGAGAUCAUGAUAAAGUGGAGGAGCUGGACAGGCUGGUGACUGCAAUGGCGGGAUUUAAGCGGGCUUAUAUUGUCACAGGACAGACGUACAGUCGUAAAGUGGAUAUUGAAGUCUUGUCUGUUCUGGCAAGUCUAGGGGCGUCCAUACAUAAGAUAUGUACUGAUAUUCGCCUUUUGGCCAACCUCAAAGAAAUAGAGGAACCUUUUGAGAAAGAACAAAUUGGUUCAAGUGCCAUGGCUUAUAAACGGAAUCCCAUGCGUUCAGAGCGUUGUUGCAGUUUAGCUCGCCACCUUAUGAUUCUGGUCCUGGAUCCCCUUCAGACGGCUUCCGUGCAGUGGUUUGAGCGUACCUUGGAUGAUAGUGCAAACAGGCGUGUGUGUUUAGCUGAGGCCUUCCUCACUGCUGACAUAAUACUUAGCACCCUGCAAAAUAUCUCUGAAGGUCUUGUGGUAUAUCCCAAGGUAAUUGCAAGGCGUAUUCAACAGGAGUUGCCUUUCAUGUCCACAGAAAACAUUAUAAUGGCUAUGGUGAAAGCUGGGGGCAAUCGCCAGGAUUGUCAUGAGAAAAUACGGGUUCUGUCCCAACAAGCUGCUGCUGUUGUGAAGCAAGAAGGGGGUGAUAAUGAUCUCAUUGCACGUAUUCGUGCUGAUCCCUACUUCAGCCCUAUCCAAGGGAAGCUGGAAACUCUCUUGGAGCCCACAUCAUUUACUGGACGUGCUUCUCAGCAGGUGGCAAGAUUCCUGAAAGAAGAGGUCCACCCAAUGCUGAACCUUUAUCAAAACAAGAUGGGUGUGAAAAUGGAGCUUUCUCUUUGAAUUAGUGUUUUAGUUGGGCAUGUGUGGGAAGGAUAAUAAAAUAUUUUUAAAAU